UCAUUUACCCCUGAUGCGCAGAGUUGAGGACUAGUGUGCGGACAGCGCCUUAUCAGUUUGGAAAACUGAUUGUUGCGCAUAUUACAGCAACAACAUAUACGAUUUGGGUCUGUGGCAAUGGAACCCUAAUAUCUCGUGCGGAUGUCCUAAUUUAUGGAUCGAGUAAUACUGUAACCGAUCUUGUCAUUCCGACACCAAAAGUUGUGCUGAGGGAUUUUUUAUCUGCUAUCAAGCACCUGGGAGGAAAAUGUGGAGAUUUACGAAUUUAUUAGCUUGCCUACUGGUGGUGUGUAAAGAUGUCACUGCGCAGAGUAAGAUCUUUGGGGAGACAGAGCCGGUGCGGAUGACAUCGGAGGGCUCAGACUGUCGAUGUAAGUGCAUCAUGAGGCCACUGAGCAAGGAUGCGUGCCAGCAUCUGAGGAGCGGAAAAGCACGGGUGGAGGACUUCUACACGGUGGAGACCGUCAGCUCUGGAUCGGACUGCAAGUGUUCCUGCACAGCCCCUCCCUCCUCCCUCAACCCCUGCGAGAAUGAGUGGAAGAUGGAGAAGCUGAAGAAACAGGCCCCAGAGCUUCUCAAGCUCCAUUCCAUGGUGGACCUACUGGAGGGGACGCUGUACAGUCUGGACCUCAUGAAGGUUCACUCCUACAUCAAUAAGGUGGUCUCCCAGAUGAACACACUAGAGGAGACAAUCAAGACCAACCUGACUCGGGACAAUGAGUUUGUAAGGGACAGCAUGAUCACUCUGACAAACCAGUUUAAGAGGUAUGAGAACUACUCCAACAUCAUGAUGAGCAUCAAGAAGGAGAUCUCCAGCCUGGGGCUGCAGCUACUGCAGAAAGACCAAACAGAGACCAAAGCUCAGGUCACCAAUGAUGAGAAAACCAAAGAGACCGUAAAAAAACCUAACAAAAAGUCCCCUGCAUCCAAACCCCCUCCCAAGCCGCCCAAGGAAAAGGUUGUAAAACCCAAGAAAGAGAGCACCAAACCUGGGAAGCCCAUCAAGCCUGACCCCACAGCCAAGGCCAAGGUGGCAGGGCACCAGCCGGGGGUAGUGAGGGGCAUCACAUACUACAAAGCAGCCAAGGUGGAUGGGGACGGGCAUGUCACAGGCGGUAAAGACAACGCUGCCAAGACUCAAACCGUCCAACACGUCAAAGAGACACACUCGGAGGACGGAGGCGCUGAAAUCAUCUUGGAAACCAUAAAGGGAACCACAGCUGAGUCGACAACUUCCACAGAAACUGCUGUCACUACCACGACAACAAUGGCAGCAACAACAACAACAGCCAGUACCACAAUGCCAUCUACUACCACUACCACCACCACCACCAGUGCAGCAGGAGUAGAGAGGCUAGACAGACCAGCUCCCACCAUCAUGCUCUUCCUGGACAACUCAGACAACAACAGCCGGCCAAUCCUACACAGAGCAGGGAAGAUCCUAGACUGUGAGGGGACCCUGGCGUCUAUCGAGCUCCCAGAGAAGCAGCACAGCUAUGGGCGAAAUGAGGGAGCCUGGAUGAAGGAUCCUCUGGCAAAGGACUCUAAGAUCUACGUCACUAACUAUUACUAUGGCAACAACCUGGUGGAGUUCCGAAACCUGGACAACUUCAAGCAAGGUCGUUGGAGCAACCUCUUCAAACUGCCUUACAACUGGAUCGGCACAGGCCAUGUGGUGUACAACGGAGCAUUUUACUACAACAGAGCUUUCACCAAAAACAUAAUUAAGUACGACCUCAGGAUGCGCUACGUGGCCGCCUGGACCCUCCUGCAUGACGUGGUUUACGAGGACACCACCCCUUGGAAGUGGAGAGGCCACUCGGACAUUGACUUUGCCGUGGACGAGAGUGGGCUGUGGGUGAUCUACCCUGCCACGGACUAUGACUACUCUCAGCAGGAGGUGAUUGUCAUCAGUAAGCUGGACCCUGGGGAUCUGUCCAUGAAGAAGGAGACCACCUGGAGGACGGGCCUGAAGAGGAACUCCUACGGGAACUGCUUCAUCAUCUGUGGGGUGCUGUACGCUGUGGACGUCUAUAACCAGAAGGAAGGGGAGGUGAACUAUGCCUACGACACCCACACCAACUCAGAGGCUAUCCCUCGUCUGCCCUUUACCAACGAAUAUGCCUACACCACCCAGAUCGACUACAAUCCCAAGGAGAAGGUCCUGUACGCCUGGGACAAUGGACACCAGAUCACAUAUAACAUACACUUUGUUGACCAAUGAGCAUAGGGGUUUUGCUCUCAGGUAAAGUAUAGGCCAUCAGCACCAUGACAAGGUCACUAUCCCCAUAGAGAUAAGAGAGAUAAUCCGUAAUAGAUGUGGUAAAGAGGUCAAUGGAACGUAGACCGUGGGGAUAGAAGAAGGACACCGGAUUGGGGCACAUUCAAAUCUGAUCUAAGGAAGUGGAUAUUCAUCAAGUCCAUUAUCAUUGAUGUAUUGUAACAGGCCUACAAUGUGGUUACGGAAGUCCAAUUUUGAUAUAUUUGGUUGUUUUUGCUGCAUAACAUUUAGAAGUAGUCCCUGUUCAGGUUUAGAAUAGGUAAUUGCUAAAUGGUAACUCCCGUUCGAAUAAGCUGGUAGCAUAGCUAGCACUGAGAAAUCGGUGGUGGUAGUCAAUGUUGUUUUUAACUGUAAGGCAGUUCAUUGGUGAUGAUGACAUGAACAUGUGUUGGGGUUGACAUCCAUACAGCAUGAUACUCUGAUUUUCACCUCAACAUAUUGUGAAAUACACAUAUAAACAAUAGCCUAAAUGUAGGUUCAUUUUAAAUGGGGGGCAGUGAGGAGAUUCUGAUCUUUCCCCCGGGCGUUUCCAUGGCAUUUUCAUUGUUUUGGUCAAGUUCCAUUGACUUCUUUACCGGAUCUAUGGACAGUCCAGCAGCGCCCAUAUUAGAUUCAACAGCCAACAUUCCUCUUUCAAUGCAUACUAACCAAUACACUUGACAGCAUACCAUGCGCUUACACAACAAGGUUCCUGGUCAAUGUGGACUCUAUAUUGGGAUGCUAUUGUAAAUCACGAAUGGCUCAUUUAUUCCACCCAUUUGAUUUUUAUGGCCCAUCAAACUCUAUCCUGUCACCUAGCACUAUGAUCAUCUGUAAUUGUCAUUUCAGGCCUAUUGAUGAUGUUCGUUUUUUAACUUGUAUAAAUGUUGCUGUGUACUGUAGUGUUAACUGUUAAAAUGGUUUCUUUCAGUGAGGAUGAGGGAUGCUUUGAAUAUACAGUACCAGUCAAAAGUGGAGUUUAUUUAUUUUUACUAUUUUCUACCUUGUAGAAUAAUAGUGAAGACAUCAAAACUAUGAAAUAACACAUGGAAUCAUGUAGUAACCAAAAAAGUGUGAAACAAAUCAAAAUAUAUUUUAUGUUUGAGAUUCUUCAAAGUAGCCACCCUUUGCCUUGAAGAGCAUUGCACACUCUUGGCAUUCUCUCAACCAGCUUCAUGAGGUAGUCACCUGGAAUGCAUUUCAAUUAUUAUAUAUUUUUUUACCUUUACCCAAUUGAGAUGGUUUAGGAUGAGUUGGACCGCAGACUGAAGGAAAAGCAGCCAACAAGUGCUCAGCAUAUGUGGGAACUCCUUCAAGACUGUUGGAAAAGCAUUCCAGGUGAAGCUGGUUGAGAGAAUGCCAAGAGUGUGCAAAGCUUUCAUCAAAGCAAAGGGUGGCUACUGAAGAGUUUGAAGAGUUCCCACAUGUUUAACACUUGUUUUGCUUACUACAUAUGUGUUUUUUCAUAGUUUUGAAGUUUUCACUAUUAUUCUACAAUGUCAAAAUAGUAAAAUAAAGAAAAACCCUUGAAUUAGUAGGUGUGUCCAAACUUUUGACUGGUACUGUAUAUGAACUCACAAAAACAAUAUAAACGAGUUUCUAAACUGAAGAUUUUGUAUUCACUUGUAAUUUUCCAGAAAUGUAUACUUCAUAUCUCCAUUGUUGUUGCUUUGCAUACAUUUUGUAUAAAGUUAUGUUCAUUUUUUGUUUGAAUGAAAACUAUACGGUUGAUGCUGCUAGUAACAUUUACACGGUCACUACAUCUGUCAUCAUCAUUUUGGCGUAUUUGUAAACCGUUACGUCAUAGGAAAUUAACAGUCAUGGAGGUCAAUUAUGUAAAUGCAUACAGAUGUACAGUACCGUCUUCUAAAGGAAUUAUAAUCCAUCAACCUCUGACAGUUUCUGAUCUACGAUGAGUCAUAAAUGAUUGUACCUGCAUGUAGUGCAUGUACUGUCGUUGUGAAGAGUUAUGAAGACCACUAAUUCAAAUAAAGUUUAGCAUAAAUAUC